AUGUCGAUAAAAGAAGAACCAAAAUUAAUUUGGACCAAAGUACGGAAAUUUCCGAGAAAAACCAAAUCUUUUCGGUGGUUAUAUGAAGGUCAAGUCCUAAAUAACACUUUCCAUGGAUUUGGAAUCCUCACAAAAAUUUAUAAAGAUGAAGAAUGUAAAAAAUUUUAUGCUGGUGAUUGGAUUAAUAGCAAAAGAAGUGGAUCUGGUCAGUGUUGGUAUGAUAAUGGUGAUUACUAUGAAGGGAAUUUCUUGAACAAUAAAAGACACGGAUUCGGACGAAUGUGGUAUAGAGAUGGAAGUUUUUAUCAAGGACUGUGGGAAAAUGAUUUACAUAAUGGAACGGGAUUGUUAGUCCAAAGUAAUGGAAAUCGAUACGAAGGACAGUUUGAGUUCGAUCAAAAACAUGGAGACGGUAUAUUUUAUCAUGUAAAAACGGGUCAAAUACAAAAAGGAUAUUGGGUUAAUAAUCAAUGUAAAUCAAGCAUAAUUCAAGAUACACAUUGGCGUCAAGUAACCUCUUAUUCUACGCCAUAUCCCAUCCCAAAAUUAGACCCCACUAUCAAUGAUAAUCAGUAA